UUUUUUUGUGAGAUUCUCUCUUUUCAAAGAAGACCAAUGUGGCAAUAUAACUGCUUUUUUAGUCUUUGAACCCCAUUUCAAUAUAUCUAAUUUUCUCAUUAUUUGCAAAGGAUAACAAAAAUCAUUUUAUGUUUCUUUUAUUUCUAUUUUGUAACAAUUCUUUCAGUGUGGAUGAAUAUAAAAGAAAUUAAUAUGGCUCAAAAAUAAAAUAUUAAGAUGUUUGAAUAAUUAGAGUAGGUACAAAAGAUGAGUAAUGCAUGAUCUGGAAUAAGCUAAUUUAAUAGUUAUACAACUUACUUAAGUCUUUUUUAAAGUUUAGUAUGCUUUAGCAAAGAUGAUUAUAGUUCUUAAGCAUAACCAAUAAGAGAAGCAUCUUCCUCUAAUAUCUCGCCAAUGGCUUCUCCUCCUCGUGCCCUCUCCGUGUCCUUCUUCGUCCUCCCUCUACUCGUCCUUCUAAUAAACCCCGCAACCUCUAUUCGCACCUCCAUCAUCAAGCUACCACGAAGCGACGGAUCUCGCUCCACCGCCGCAGACACCUACUGCGAGAGCUGGAGAUUGGCCGUUGAGACCAACAACGCCGGAACAUGGGGUGUGCUUCCAUCGUCGUGCGUUGACUCCGUCGCCCGCUAUCUCAACGGAGAUCAGUACGGUUCCGAUUACGAUGUCAUCGUCGAUUAUGCGCUGGCCUUCGCCAAAACGGUUAAGAUCUCCGGCGACGGCAAGGACGUGUGGAUCUUUGACAUCGAUGAGACGUUACUCACGAAUAUCGGCUACUACAAGAAUCAUGGUUACGGUGUAUCUAGGUCGGAACCGUUUGACUCCAAAAGCUUCAAUGAGUGGGUGGUACAAGGUACAGCUCCAGCUUUUGCUGCGAGCUUGAGAAUGUACAAUGCUCUCAAGAAACUUGGUUUCACUAUUGUUCUGCUAACUGGUCGGGACGAGGACCAAAGGAAUGUCACGGAGAAAAAUCUACGAGAUGUUGGUUAUUCUGGUUGGGAAAGGCUUAUCUUGAGAGGUCCAGAUGAUCAAGGGAAGUCAGCUACGAAUUACAAAUCGGAGCAGCGGUCGAAAUUGAUCGACCAAGGCUUUAAAAUCCAUGGCAACACCGGUGAUCAGUGGAGUGAUCUUCUAGGCUUUGCCGUGGCUGACCGUUCUUUUAAAGUCCCAAACCCGAUGUAUUACAUUCCUUGAUGGACAAUCUCUGAUCUAUGUAUUAAGUAACCAGCUCAUGUGUGACUACUAAUCACAUGGGACCGGUUUAACAUGUUGCUGCAACUAAUGGUAAAUUUUGAUUUGUUUUGCUA